GUUCAUGAGAUACUGACAUAGAGAGAGAGCAGAAUGUCCAGUUUCAGAUGGGUUAAAAUGUCACUAUUUCUGGUGUUGCUUCAUUUGACAGCAGUGACUGGACAAUACUCUCCCGUCGUUGUCAGAGAUGGAGAUGAUGUCACUAUACCUUGUGAAAAUGUGAGAUACAACCAGAAUGACUGUGAAUAUACAAAUUGGCUCGUCAGUGGUGCAGGAAACACACCAUCAGUGGAGCUGGUUGCACGUGGGCAAAUUGGAGAAACCGCCAUGACUAAACCAGACAAACUGAGUGUUACAGCGAACUGUUCCCUGGUGAUAAAGAAGGUCACAGUUGAGGAUGUUGGCCGUUACAGCUGCAGACAGUUAAACAGAUCAGGAGAACAACAAGGUCAAGAUGCUCGUGUCUAUCUGUCUGUUCUUCACUUGGAUGAAUAUAGGGAUCAUGAAAAGGUGUUACUCUCCUGCUCUGUGUCGACAUACGCAUGGUGUUCACAGAGAGUGAAUUGGCUGUUUAACGGUAAAGAUGUGGAUAUAAAAGAUGUCAGCAUAUCACAGACUGACUGCUUGGCAAGUGUGCACUUUAAGACUUCGCAUUACAUUUACACGUCAAGGUAUGAAUCGUUUGUGUGUGAAGCGACUGAUAUUUACACUGGAAAAGUGCUGCAGUUUACCUUCAGCCAUCAGUCGUCAGGUGAUGAUACAACAGUGAGAACAGAUGAAAAUAGUUAUUCUACAUCUGCAAACGAUACAACAAAAUCACAAGGUUGGUGGAGGUUAGUAAUUUUGUCUGUGGGUUUAGCAGCACUCUUAACAGCUGUUGUGGCUGUCAACAUGUGGACGAGAACUAAACGGAACACAACACAGACAAAUGAAAACACUGUGCACAAUGAAGAAGAUGAUGGUGCACCUAACUAUGAAAACCCGGGAGACAGUUAUGUCUCUGUCCACUGAUCAGAAUGUGUUUAUGUUGGCUUGUAUUGAAAUGUUUGGCCAAGUACAGACACCAGCUAGCGGCAAGCGCUUUAACCUGACAAUGUUUCAUUUUGUAAUAUUGUCAAGUCUCUCACAGAAAUUACUUCAUACUUUUGCAAACUCUGUUUUCUACUCACAUAUGUGAGCACAAAUAACCCUAAAGGUGUAUUUGCAUUUUCAUGGUAAAGCAUCUUUUUAAUGCACCUCUUCCAUUGUUAUGUGGUGUCUUGCGACAGCUCUGCCCAGCACACCUGCUAAGCUGAGGUGUGCUGAAAGUUCUGUUGAACUCUGUCUUGAACUCUGACCUUAGUAGGCGCAGCAAAUUUCUGUUGAUCUGAAAUGAGAGAUUGAUCAAAACCCAAUUCCAGAACUGCAGGAUAACAAAUUGAGCACAUAUUGAGACCAGCAACAUAUUUGCAUAGCUUUAAUAUAAAGCUCCCAGCAUGGUCUGUGUGGCAACUAGUGUGCUGUGUCCUCUGCAGUGAACACUGUCUGCAUCUAGUUAUUAAUUAAUGUGUAAAUACUCCAGCGAGUGGCUCUCUCAUCUGUACAGAAGUUGCCAUUUCUUUUUGACCCUGUAGAGGGAGCUGUUGACCAAUCUACAGCAAUUCACUGGAAGGCCACUGUAGAAGAUAAAAGCCAUGAAGAGAACACAGCGGCCUAUGUCACCACUGUACAGCAUGUGUGUUGUUUUCUUCCUGCCGCCUCACUCCUUCUGGCUUCAUAAAUGUGUUUUUUUUUUUAUUAUUGUUCAGCUUUUGAAGGAGAAGGAAGUAGAAGUGGUCUAGGAUCCCACUUGUCAUUUAAAAUUUCCAAAGGCACACACAGUGUCUGCGUGCUGUCUGCUGUUAUGUGCACACGCCUGUUUGUUGAGAGUCCAAUACAUUUUUAUUAAUUAGUCAUACUGUGCUUUAAUGAUCUCUUCACUUCAUUGUAACUCAUAUAACGUGCAAAUAAAAACACAUAUUUAGCAAUAAA